AGGAGGUUCAACCUGAAACAAACAACCUGAAUACAUUGAGGGGGAAAUCAUUGACCAUAAAAACGAUUACCUAACUACUACUGCAUGUGUUUAAAUAAGGAGCAUUUGUUAUCAGAUCUCAUGAAUUUGGGUGUUGUUUUGGAUUCAUAUUUAUAGUCUUUUUUGUCAUCUGAAGAGAGAACAUAAAGGUUGAAAAUAUGCCAGAGGAGUACAACUUCUACGCUAAGAUUCCUCACUUUUGGCACUGCUCCUUGAGAAACAUCAUAUGGACACAUCUGCUAACCAAAUGCCUCCUGUCAGCCCUAUCAGCAGGCUUGCCACACAUGGAUAUGCACCCUUUAUAUAGUGCAGAAUAUAUAGUGGGGAUUUGAAAAGCAAAGGAAUCAGUGAUGUCAGUUGUGCAUGAGAGUGAUACACAUUUACACAAUCAUGUGUGCUACAGAUGACUAUUGUGUAUGUUGUCCAACCCCUUCUAAGAUUUGGUCUCGACACUUCUGCCCUCUCAAGGUACAACAGUUUAAAGCAACCCUCUUCUCUGUGUUAGUUUGAACCUCUUAAUCCCUUGUGCUUUUUACACUGGACAGAGAGGGUCCUUUAGCAGAUCUCCACUCACAAUAUUCUGUGCCAUCUCUUUUUAGUGCAACUGUGGGACAGAAAAAUCACUGUAUAGCACUGUCAAUAGGGACUUUGCCAGGCUCAGAGAGCAAUAGUGGAUUUUAAUACACAAGGACCAACAUGGAUACCAGGGUUUUUGUAUAAGGCUCUACCUCCAGAAAUCUUGACUUAAACAACAAUAACAAUGGCAGUGAAGGGGUUAAUAAAUAAUUAUUUCAAACUUUUAAAAGACUGCAUUAAUGUGGACUUCAGAAAUGUUACAUUUAUACUAGAACUGGAUGCUAACUGUGUGCACGUAGGCAACAAUAUGAAAUCUUAAUUGUUAUAAUUAAUUCAAUUAAUGCACAGUCCUAAUUUAAUUAAACAGAGAAUGUACACCUCUAUUCUAUACACGUUUCUCUCUGUACAAGUCAGGAAAUAGCAGACAACAACACACAACUCUUAAUAAUACAUUUUAAAUGAUUAAUUGAUACAGUCAAUAUGCAAACUAAGGUUGAUUGAGAGCAGUAAAAACAAAAAUUGGCAUAGAGUACCACAUAGCAGCAUUGCUGUAUAUGUGCUUUUUGUGGCUAAUAUACUUAUUAUAUCAUGUAUGUAUUGAGGGUGCCCAAGUCCUAAAAAUAUGAAUUAUUUCAUAAAAUAUUACACAACCUAAACUUUGCUUAUAUGGCAAAAGACAUGGCAAACAGACUUGUAUUAAUUUCAUGGGAAAAUGUAAUCCAGAUUACCGAAUGAGAUACAUAAACAAUCAUUUAUCUUCGGUAUGGAAUAUCCCAGUUGGAGUGCGCGCACGUGCGCUUUGCCUAACAGCCAGCAGGUGUCACUUCUGUUGUGUUUGGGAUUCCGGGGGAGACGGGCAGAGUUUAGGUGAGACUCUGCAUGGAAGCCCAGACAAAUGCAUAGGCACGGGAAGGAAACAAGGGAGUAAUUGUUUCGUUUAGUUUCGGGUCUUAUUUCUCUUUACUUCACCUAGAUAGAUAAAAAUAAGAUUCGAGUUCAUACCUGGACAGGGAGCGGCUUCGUUGGGAGGAGCAACGGUCAGAGGAGCGAUAAACAUUAUUGAAAGAUAACUUCACCUGCUGUAAAGGGAAGGUCAGCAAAAAAAAAAAACAAAAAAAAAAACAGCUAACAACAAAAUCUGACAAGCAAAAUCAGGAACCUGAAAAUAUUAGGAAACAUGGCGACCGGUCAAGCAUCUAUCUAAACCAGUGCUCUGCUUUAAAUGGGGAUUAUUUUUAAUCUGAUUUGAGGGAUUUUGUUCAUGUGUUUCUGUAACCUGAAGGAGUGAUCAGGUGGAAAAAGAUGUCAGUGAAUGAGCUCUACACCAAGUACACAAGGGUGUGGAUCCCUGACCCUGAAGAAGUUUGGAAAGCAGCUGAAAUUAUCAAGGACUACAAGGAGGGAGAUCCGAUUCUGCAUCUCAAAUUGGAAGAUGAGUCGACUAUUGAGUAUGCCAUUAACCCAAAGACCAACCAGCUGCCAUUCCUACGAAACCCGGAUAUCCUGGUGGGGGAGAAUGACCUGACAGCGCUAAGUUACCUCCACGAACCUGCAGUCCUUCACAACCUGAAGGUGCGCUUUCUGGAGUCCAAUCACAUCUACACAUACUGUGGAAUUGUGCUGGUUGCCAUUAAUCCGUAUGAACAGAUGUCCAUCUAUGGAGAAGAUGUCAUUUACGCUUACAGUGGGCAGAACAUGGGUGACAUGGAUCCCCACAUCUUCGCAGUGGCAGAGGAGGCUUACAAGCAAAUGGCCAGAGAUGAGAAGAACCAGUCCAUUAUUGUGAGUGGGGAAUCUGGGGCAGGGAAGACGGUGUCUGCAAAAUACGCCAUGCGUUACUUUGCUACAGUUGGUGGAUCUGCCAGCGAGACCAACGUAGAGGAGAAGGUGCUGGCGUCCAGUCCAAUUAUGGAGGCCAUUGGAAACGCCAAAACGACAAGAAAUGACAACAGCAGCCGCUUUGGAAAAUAUAUCGAGAUUGGCUUCAAUCGCCAGUUUCACAUCAUUGGUGCCAACAUGAGAACUUAUCUUCUGGAAAAGUCAAGAGUUGUCUUCCAGGCAGAAGAAGAGAGAAAUUACCAUAUAUUCUACCAGCUGUGUGCCUCUGCCAAUCUACCUGAGUUUAAGGACCUAGCCCUGAACAGUGCAGAGGACUUCUUCUACACCACCCAGGGUGGUAACAUCUACAUCGAAGGGGUUGAUGAUGCUGAGGACUUUGAAAAGACAAGAAAUGCCUUCACAUUGCUAGGUGUCAAGGAAGCUCAUCAGAUUAGCAUAUUUAAAAUAAUUGCAUCAAUCCUCCAUCUGGGAAAUGUUGACGUCCGUGCAGAAAGAGACGGGGAAUCGUGCAAUAUCUCAAAAGAAGACGCCCAUCUCAACCACUUCUGUGAGUUGCUGGGGGUGGAGCACGAUCAGAUGGAGCACUGGCUGUGCCACCGCAAGCUGGUGACUACAGCGGAAACCUACGUCAAGACCAUGUCCAUGCAGCAGGCGGUCAAUGCCAGGAACGCUCUUGCCAAGCACAUCUAUGCCCAGCUCUUCAACUGGAUUGUGGAGCACAUCAACAAAGCCCUUCACACCACCAGCAAGCAGCACUCCUUCAUUGGAGUGCUGGAUAUAUACGGGUUUGAGACUUUUGAAUUCAACAGUUUUGAGCAGUUUUGCAUCAACUAUGCCAAUGAAAAGCUGCAGCAGCAGUUUAAUUCUCAUGUCUUCAAACUGGAGCAGGAAGAAUACAUGAAGGAACAAAUCCCCUGGACACUUAUAGAUUUUUGCGACAACCAGCCCUGCAUUGACCUCAUUGAGGCGAAGCUGGGUGUGCUGGACUUGCUGGAUGAGGAGUGCAAGGUGCCAAAAGGAACUGAUCAGAACUGGGCCCAGAAACUCUAUGACAGGCAUUCUGACAGCUGCCACUUUCAGAAGCCCAGGAUGUCCAACACCUCCUUUAUAAUUGUUCACUUUGCUGAUAAGGUGGAGUACCAGUGUGAUGGUUUUCUUGAGAAAAACCGGGACACGGUGUAUGAAGAACAUAUCAGUAUUCUGAAAGCCAGUAAGUUCCAGCUGGUGGCCGACCUUUUCCACGAUGGCAAAGAUCCUGUUCCCACCACAUCCACCACAAAGACUUCAAAGGUCCAUGUCCGGUCUGCCAAACAGAUCCCCAAAGCCCCAAAUCGGGACCACAGGAAAACCGUUGGCCAUCAGUUCCGAAACUCACUUAAUUUAUUAAUGGAAACUCUGAACGCCACAACUCCCCACUACGUACGUUGUAUCAAGCCCAACGAUGAGAAACUUGCUUUCUCGUUUGACCCCAGCAGAGCAGUGCAGCAGCUGAGAGCCUGUGGUGUGUUGGAGACCAUUCGUAUCAGUGCAGCUGGAUACCCUUCCAGAUGGACAUACCCUGACUUCUUUAACAGAUACAGAGUAUUGAUGAAAAAGAAGGAAAUUGUUCUUUCAGACAAAAAGCUCACCUGCAAGAAUCUGCUGGGGAACCUGGUGAAGGAUCCAGACAAGUUCCAGUUUGGAAGAACCAAGAUCUUCUUCCGCGCUGGUCAGGUUGCCUACCUGGAGAAGCUACGAGCAGAUAAGUUCCGCUUUGCCUGCAUCAUGAUCCAGAAGACCGUUCGGGGCUGGCUGCAGAAAGUGAAGUACAGGAAGAUAAAGAAGGCCGCCAUGACAAUGCAGAGAUAUGGGCGUGGCUAUCUGGCACGCAGACUGGCAGAUCAGCUUAGGAAGACCCGAGCCGCCAUUGUGUUCCAGAAGCAGUUGAGGAUGCUGCGUGUCCGUAGGGCCUACCUGAAGAUUCGAAACGCUACGAUUACCAUCCAGGCUUACGCAAGAGGCAUGUUUGACAGGCAGCUUUACCACGAGUUCUUGUUACACCACAAGGCAAUGAUCAUUCAGAAAUAUGCCAGGGGCUGGAUGGAACGAAAGAAGUUCAAGCGUGCCCGAAAUGCAGCCGUCGUGAUCCAGUGUUCCUACCGGCGACUGCAGGCUCGGCGUGAACUGAAGCAGCUGAAGAUAGAGGCACGCUCAGCUGAGCAUUUAAAAAAGCUCAAUGUCGGCAUGGAGAACAAGAUAGUGCAGCUACAAAGGAAGAUGGAUGAUCAGAGCAAGGAGUACAAGAGCUUGAAUGAGCAGCUGAGUAUGGCCAACAUGGCUUACUCUGUGGAAGUGGAGAAGAUCCGUAAGGAGCUGGAACAGUACCGUGGCAAGAACGGUGAAGAGAACCAGAUCAGCAGCCUGCAGGAGGAGGUGCAGAGGCUCCAGACCAAGUUGAAUAAGGCGCAGGCUGAGAAGAAGCAGCUGGAGGACACAUACUACACUGAGAAAGAAGAUCUUCUAAAGAGAUUGGGAGAUCUCGAGGAAGAGAAUGCACUAUUGAAACGUGACAAAGAAGAGAUGAACCAAAAAAUACUGAGUCAGUCUAAAGACUCUGAAGACCAGGUCACCAGCAAGACACUGAAGGAGAGCCAGCAGAAAGCUGAACUGGACGAUGAGAGGGCGCGCUAUCAGAAACUGCUGAAGGAGUAUUCCCGACUUGAGCAGAGAUACGACAACCUCCAGGAGGAGAUGUCCCUGGCCAGGUUUCAUCCAGGACACAGGAGAAACCCCUCCAACCAGAGCAGCCUGGGCUCAGACUCCAACUACCCAUCCAUCACCUCUGAGGUCGGAGACACGGAGGACACCUUACAGCAAGUGGAGGAUAUGGGCAUGGAGAAGGCAGCCAUGGACAUAACCGUGUUCCUGAAGCUGCAGAAGAGAGUGAGAGAGCUGGAGCAGGAAAGACGCAGACUGCAGGUCGACCUGGAGAAGAUGGAAGAGCUGGCCAAAAGAAAGGGUGAUGAGCACAAGGACACAGCAGAUCCAGACCAUGAUGCAGAUUCUGCCUACAACAGCCUAAAGAGACAGGAAUUGGAAUCAGAAAACAAAAAGUUGAAGAAUGAUCUGAAUGAACUGAGGAAAGCCAUUGUGGAUAGGGCCACCGAGAACAACUCCUCCAAUGAACUUCAGGAUAGCUACAACGUGCUGCUCAACCAGCUCAAGUCAGCCAAUGAGGAGCUGGAUGUGCGCAAGGAGGAGGUGCUGAACUUGAGAACACAGAUAGUGAGCUGCUCCCAGCAGAAAGAGCCCAUCACACACAUUGAAAACAAGAAAAUACCUGACUGGAGCAACAGUAACAAACACAUGGACAGAGACGAUGCCAUUGAGGCCUAUCAGGGAAUCUGCGAGACUAACAGACUCCUGGAAGCCCAGCUGCAGUCUCAGAGCAGGCAGUAUGAAGACGAGAUGGAGGCUCUGCGUACUCAGAUCGAGGUUUUCAGGGACGAGAUUGAGAGGAAGCAGGAGCUGCUCUCCCAGACCCUGCAGCUCUCCCCCGAGGCUCAAGUAGAGUACAGCAUACAGCAGGAGAUCACACGCCUCACCAAUGAGAACCUGGACCUGAAAGAGAUGGUAGAGAAGCUGCAGAAGAAUGAGAAGAAGCUGAAGAGACAGCUGAAAAUUUACAUGAAGAAGGUUCACGAACUGGAGGCUGCUGAGCCUGCAGUGCAGCCUGAGAGGCGCCGCCAUGAGCUGACUCGGCAGGCGACGGUCCAGAGGAAGGAGAAGGAUUUUGAGGGAAUGCUGGAGUAUUGCAAGGAAGACGAGAACAUGCUGGUCAAAAACCUUGUCACAGAUAUGAAACCCCAGGUGGUGUCUGCCACAGUGCCCUGCCUGCCAGCCUACAUCCUCUUCAUGUGCAUCAGGCACGCAGAUUACAUGAACGACGACCAGAAGGUGCACUCCCUGCUCACCUCCACCAUCAACGCCAUCAAAAAAGUAUUAAAGAAACACAAUGAUGACAUUGAGAUGACCUCCUUCUGGUUGGCUAACACCAGCCGCCUCCUGCACUGUCUGAAGCAGUACAGCGGAGAUGAGGCCUUCAUGACCCAGAACACAGCCAAGCAGAAUGAGCACUGCCUGAAGAACUUCGACCUGGCGGAGUACAGGCAGGUCCUCAGCGACCUCUCCAUUCAGAUCUACCAGCAGCUCAUCAAAGUGGCGGAGGGAAUCCUGCAGCCCAUGAUAGUGUCUGCCAUGCUGGAGAACGAAAGCAUCCCAAGCCUUUCUGGUGUCAAGCCCAUGGGUUACAGGAAACGCUCCUCCAGUAUGGUAGAUGGAGACAACAGCUACACCCUGGAGGCCGUCAUUCGUCAGCUGAACGCCUUCCACUCCACCAUGUGUGACCACGGCCUGGACCCCGAGAUUAUCCAGCAGGUCUUCAAGCAGCUCUUCUACAUGAUCAGCGCAGUGACACUCAACAACCUGCUGCUGAGGAAGGAUGUGUGCUCCUGGAGCACUGGGAUGCAGCUCAGGUAUAACAUCAGCCAGCUGGAGGAGUGGCUGCGGGGGAAGAACCUGCAGCAGUGCGGAGCGGUGGGCACCAUGGAGCCCCUCAUCCAGGCUGCUCAGCUGCUGCAAGUGAAGAAGAAAACCACAGAAGAUGCCAGAGCCAUCUGCUCCCUGUGCACAUCACUCACCACCCAGCAGAUUGUGAAGAUACUGAAUCUGUAUACUCCACUGAAUGAGUUUGAAGAACGUGUAACAGUGUCUUUCAUAAGAAAUAUCCAGGGUCAGCUACAAGGGCGCAAUGAUCCUCAGCAGCUGCUGCUUGACUUCAAACACACGUUCCCUGUCCUUUUCCCUUACACCCCUUCAGCUCUCAGCCUGGAGACCUUGCACAUACCAGCCAGCCUGAACCUGGACUUCCUAACCAGGGUUUGAUUCCUCUGCACUGAACAAGACAUGGCCGUCACAAGCCCAGUCUGCAACCUGGUGAAAAAAGCCUGGAUAAGGUGGAGGCUUCAGGGCCAGCUUUGAGCUCUGAUGGGACUUCCUAUAUAAUGGUAGUGAGCCUAUCAGAAGACUUCCAACUGAACUUGUAGUAACAUUAAGCAGUUUUUUUUAUUUUUUUAUUGUCCCUUAAUAGUGGCACUUUAUUAUGAUCAAUAUAUGUGACAUAUACAACGGCAAUGUUGCUUAGUACAGUAGAAAAAGCAUGUCUGUGUUUGGAAAUACUACUACUGCUGCUACUUCUUAAUAAUAAUAAUAAUAAUAAUGGUUAUGUAGGAAAUGUAUUAUUACUAUUAUUAUUAUUAGUAGUAGUAGCAGUCGUAGUAGCAAUAUUAAUAGAAGUAGAAGCAGUACUUACAAGCUACUCAGAAGUGAAUGCAUUGGCACAGUAAAAUAUACUCUCCAACACCC